UUUAGAAAAAAAUUAUUGAAUUGCAAUAAAUAUAUUUUAAGCACAUUUUAAAUUAUUAUUUAAAUUUUAUUAUAUACUGAUAAAUUAAUUUUGUAUAAAUGGUGAAAAUCAAUAUCAAAUCCAAAAACAAAUCCAAGAGGAAAUCCAAAACUAAAAAAGCCAAGAAACCUAAAAAAAUUAUUAAAACCAUUGACACCGUUAUACCGAUUUCUACUCCUGUAGGUUCAGUUCAUUUUGAUGAAUUUCUAAAAAUAUGCAGAGAACCAAAAUUAAUUCAAAAUACAACAGAAAUCGCUAAAAAAACAAAAAAUAAAUCAACGAAAGGUAAAAAAAGUAAGAAAUCUACGAAAACAAAAAAAACGAAGAAAAUUAAAAAGACUAAAAAAACUAAGAAAUCUAAAAAAUCUAAGAAAAUAGGCAUUUCUAAGGUGAAGGUAGUCGUAAAACCAGAUGAUAUUCUUCCGCCACCUCAACCAACAUUAUUUCCAUUGAUCAAGGCUUUAUUACUACCUUCCGAUGACGAUACUCUUGAUGAAAAUACAUUAUUCUCAGAAUUUGUUGUUGGCAAACCCGAAACAUUCAUGAAGCAAUCAUCAAUUCGAGAAUUAACAAUAAUUGAACAACAGGCCAAUAACACAGUUGAUGAAAUAAAUAACUUAGAAGAAAAAAUCAAGACACUGAUGCAGAAACCUAAAUUGAACGAAACUGAAAUUAUUGAAUUAGAGAAUCAACAAUUGCUUGUUAUGAAGUUAUUAAAUGAUUUUGAAAACAACUUGGCGAAAAUUCGGGAUAUUUUUAAGAAUGACAAUUUGGACAACACUAAUGAAACUGACACUGAUAAAGAAGAUAUAAAAUGUCAUAUCACUGAUAAGACUGAAUCAGAUCAGAUGAAUGUUGAGAAAUGGUAUGAAAUCAAUGAUCUAGCAUACCUUCUGUCACCAAAUACAUCAUUUGAAAAAGGCAUUACCGUAUCGGAUGGCCUAUUGGAAAUGCUUGACGAGUUAAAAGACAAAAAAAAAUCUCCUAAAAACAAUGCGAAACGUAAUGAUGUAUUCAAAAGACUUAAAAAUAAAUUCAGUAUAUUAUUGCCUCCACCAAAUGUGGACGGCAACAAAGAAUAUUUGAUGUGGGUAGACAAAAAACUUCACAGAGAUCAUCGGGAUAUGUUGAAUGGUACCAAAAAUCUGAAGAUAUUUCAGUGUUGGAAUCAGUUAGAACUUAAAUAUAAUAUUAUCAAUGCACUUAUGAUAUCUUUGAAGGAUGCUAUUAAAUCAACAUCUCCGUUUUAUUAUGCAAGCAAUAACACAAAAUCUCAGUUCGCGGUUGAUCAAAGUAUUUUGGUCCAAGCAUUAGACGAAUUCAAACGUAAGACGAGGAAUACCUUUUUACAUGCCGGUCUAGAGGAUUAUUGGAAAAUAAAUCCUGAAUCUAUAAGACUUGGAUCCAGACCAUGUUUUGACGUUACGAUUCGACAAAGAAACACAGUCAUAGAUAAUAUCGUUCCGAUAGAUAAACGGACAUUUUCAUUUUUACAACGAAAUCCCAUUAAAAUGAACGACAAAAAUUGUAAAGAUACAAUACAGCCGUCAAGUUCAAAAAACAGUGAAAUUGAAGUCGGUAAUACCAACUAUAACUAAUUUAUAAACAUAUUGAGGAAGUGAUUUCAUUCAAAACCCUUUGUCCGUUCAUCUAAUGGAACGAGAUUGUCUAGCCACUCUAUAUGUUUGUGUUUUGUUGGUGGAUC